AUGAGCACUGCGAGUGGCUAUCGGGAUCGGAUCGAACCGGGCGUCGAAGACGAGAUUGAGUUCGCGGAGGAAGGAGCACGCGGAGGAGACGCUCAGACGCACGAGAUCGACGGGAUUUCCACUGAAGAGGCGGGGGGGGAAGGUGAGCCCAGUGGUCACUUCUACGAACCUAGCACGCCUUUCAAUUACCAGACGGUGCCGAUGGGAUGA